AUGUCUCAUGAGACCGCCGACGAGCCGUUCCAGAAGAAGCUCCAACACGAACAAGCGCAGCCGCCGCCGCCGACGCCGCAUCAUCUCCCCACGCCGCGAGCCUUCCUGACGGACCUGUUUGGCUCGCUUCCAGGACGGACGACCCCUGCUACUACUCCCUACGAUGGGCGAGACGAUGGCGCCGCCGCCGGCAAUAGGGCACGUGUCGCAGGAGCAGCAGCAGCAGCAGCAGCGCCAAUAUCGACGACGAGCGCCAACCCUCUCCGCGGCCUGCAGGGCAACGAUCGGAACGUCUUUCUAACCCUACACGUCCUAUUCCCGAACGAGCUGCUGCCGGCGCUGGACCUGCUGGAUCGCCGGUUGGUGACGCGAUUCAUCGUGGGUGGUGGUGACGGGGCGCAGACGACGGCUACUACCAUUCCAGCGGCGCGCAGGGGCGGUGAUGCUGGAUGUGAUGAGGGAGCAGCAGCAGAAACCAUUGGUCGGCCAGCCGCAGACGACGACAACGCCGGCAUCAUUGGCGGCGAUCGCAACGACGACGUCGUCGACCCCGCUCGCCCAGCAUCGGCACCGGCGGAUGCUUCUUCUUCACACGACAACGCCGAGCACCAACAAGGAGAUGCCGAGCACACCACCACAAAUCGACUUCCUCCCCCUCUUCCCCUGUACUACGUCCAUUCCGCCCAACAGCAGCAUCGGCACCAGUUUCACCACUACCGCCAUCGAUCGCGCCACGGUCACCACCACGGCGGCCAUGGCGCCCUUCUUGGAGACGAGGAUGAUACAGUAGCAUCAUCUGCCGCCGAGCCCGCUGGCGCUGCCGCCGGGAACUGGUACGAGGUCCGACUCGCCGCGUGGAACUGCUCGUGCCCCGCGUUCGCGUUCGCGUCGUUUCCGGCGAACCUGGCUGAGCCGAGCCCGAGCCCUGGGCCUGGUCUGAUGGAGGGGUCCGCCGCCGGGAUGGAGGAAGAUGGGUGGAAGGAAGAAGCGAAGGGGGAGCAGGAAAAAGGAGGCGUUGCGGCAGGGGAGGAGGAGGAGGGUGGUGUGGGAGGUGAUGGAGGCGAAGGCGUUUGGGAGCGGUUUGGUUUCGGGGGGCUGAGGAGGGGUACUGGCGAGACCGGGCACGUGCCGCCCGUGUGCAAGCACCUGCUGGCGUGCUUGCUGGUCGAGAGGGCGCCGGGGCUGUUUGCAGGAAGCGUGGAGGAGAAGGUUGUUAGUGUUGAGGAGGCGGCUGCGUGGGCGGCGGGUUGGGGUGGGUAG